AGGGCUCUUAUAAAUAGAGGCGGAGCGCACAUCUGCCGCACAACGAGGCGUGGUCGCGCAGUCGGUCGCAGGUGGACAGUCAAGACAAGCAGCUGCACGCGCACAGGAGAGCGGUCAACAUGCCACAGUGUCCGAACUGCAAGAAGGACGUUUUCUUCGCCGAGCGGGUCACAUCACUGGGCAAGGACUGGCACAGGCCCUGCCUCAAGUGUGAGAAAUGCCACAAGACGCUGUCUCCAGGCUCCCAUGCAGAGCAUGAGGGCAAGCCGUACUGCAACAACCCCUGCUACGGCGCCAUGUUUGGACCCAAAGGGUUCGGACGCGGCGGAACCGAGAGCCACUCGUAUAAAUAGAGAGGUUCUGGGCUGCGGCUCCACGAAUCGGGCAGAACCCAGCGGUUCCAGUAAAAACCAGCAGACAAACUGUGCUCUGACCCACAGGCGGCAUUUUGUGUGCAUGCGUUUUUAUUCUUGUUUUGUUCCUGAAGAUGAAUGUGCAUUCCCAUGACUUAGUAAUGAAGUGGUUGUCCUCUGGUCUCCUCCUGUUCUUAAGGUGGACACUGAGAUUAAACACGAUUUAAGAUUUGAGUCUUGUCUAAAUAAAAAAACGGCUUUAAUUAAACUUCUGGCUUCAGUUGA